AUGAGUUCCGACUUCAAACUCUUCGUCGGAAAUCUCCCCCCUGAUGCGACAGAGGAUGAGAUAUUCACACGGUUCAAAGAAUUUGGGACGAUCAAUGAGGUUUAUCUGAUGUCUGGCGGCCGGUCUAGGAGCGGCCAGAGCUCAGCUUUCGUGAAGUACUAUGACACAGAUUCUUGCGAGCGAGCAAUAGCCGCAAUGAACAUGAUCGGCAAGCUGAGGACUCAGGAUAGAGACACUGUGGUGGUGAAAUACGCCAAGUCGCAAGCACGGCGAUCAGCACCGUAUGUGCACAGUGCGGGUCCUCCUGUUACGGGUGGGAUGGGCGUGCGGCCGCAUCACACGCCAUCUCAGCCGACUCACACGGCUGGAUGCAAACUGUUCGUCGGCGGUCUGCCCGACUUCGUGGACCGGGAUGACCUUAUAGCGAUCUUCUGUCCAUUCGGGCAUGUCGAAUCGGUCCAUUUGAUGCAAGGAAAGAGCAAAAGUGGACAGGCGUGUGCCUUCAUCACGUAUCAAAUACCUGGGCCGGCCGAGAUCGCUAUCCGAGAGCUCAAUGGACGUUAUAGAAUGGAAGAGAACUCCGUCAUUUCUGUGCGGUAG